UACCAUCUAAACUUCGGGACAACUAACUUUCCCGCAAUUCUACAGCCACUACACAGUCGUAAGCAGUACAAGACACUAGGCAAUGUGCAGUACGUUAAGACCUCUGACAGCCGUACGAGCCACACAUAUGAACCUGGAUAACACCUGACAUCUCUACAGUUCGAGAAAAGACAGGUUUUAUAACAACACUGACAUCAUUUAUGAAUAAACACGUAUGGCCUUGGAGUGCAACAGAGAGCCGACACCUGCUGGGAGAACAAUACACGAGCGACAGGUGAGCAGUUGUGAAAACAACGCACCAUGGAGUUCGCUAUUGGUGCUGUGGCAGCCUGUGGGGCAUGCCUCAUGUCUAAUCCGAUGGAUGUCCUCAAGACACGCAUGCAGCUACAGGGGGAGCUGAGGGCACGAGGACACUAUGUAGUUGUGUACAAGAAUAUUUUUCAUGCUGCAUAUGCUGUUGCCAAGGCUGAUGGAAUCCUUGGACUCCAGAAGGGAUUGGCACCAGCCCUCUUUUAUCAAGUGGUGAUGAAUGGCAUAAGAUUCGGACUCUACAGGAGAGUCCUCGAUUCAGGAGUGAUAUCCCGGGAUGACGGCAGCGUGUCUCCUCUGGGAUGUGUAGUGGCAGGAGCAGGUGUCGGUGUCAUUGGUGGCUUCAUUGGCAGCCCUUUGUACCUGAUAAAAAUCCACUUGCAAACUCAAGCAGCAGAUUCUAUUGCAGUUGGCCAUCAGCACAAACAUCAGGGUUUCUUGUCUGCUGUAUAUAGCAUAAGUAGCAAGGAAGGCAUUAGGGGCCUGUGGCGAGGGGCCUCUACCUCCAUUCCUCGUGUAGGUGUUGGGUCUGCCUCCCAGCUCUUCACAUUCUCCAAAAGCAAAGACUGGUUAGACCAUUAUGAGCUGUACUCCCGAGAUAGCUGGCAGAGCACCUUCUUUGGAGCCAUGACAAGUGGAUUAGUCAUUUCUACUUGCAUGAGUCCUUUUGAUGUCAUAGCUACACGAAUAUAUAACCAAGGGGUUGACAGCAAGGGACGAGGCAUGCUUUACAGCGGCAUCCUGGACUGUAUUCUCAAGAUUAGUAAAAGUGAGGGUCUUAGAGGCUUCUACAAAGGCUGGUCUGCUAUUUACUUUAGGAUUGGUCCUCACAGCUUCUUCAAUUUGAUCUUUUGGGACUUCUUGACUCGACUUCACAAAAAGUAUGAGAAAAAAGAAUGAGAGGGCCACCUGCUGACAAACCAGCUUAUCUAUAAUUGAAGAAAACAUAUUCCAGAUUUUUUAAAGUGAUAAUAGAUCAUUCUGUUAUUGAUGAAACUUAUUUAUUCAUAAAAGUAUCAUGAAUACUGUAUUGCCAAAAGUUCCUCAUUAUAUCCUGAUGGGUAGAAGUUUCUUACUUAAGGGAAUUGGAUGAUGACUUCAAAUAAAACAGACACAAGUGGGACCAAAUGCAUCUCAGAGAUACACAUUUUGUAAUUUCACACAAUAUUUCAAGAUUUCCCUCUUUCUAAUUUAUGGGUAGCUACUUACAUUUCCCCAUUUUCUCUAUGAAGUUGCCUUUUUUCUAAUGUAUUCUCUCCCUGCUCUCCUCAGUAAUCUGAGGAAAAUAUUUAUUUUGCCCACACAAAUGUCAGUUUUAACCAAAAUACUGCUUAGAUUGUUGAAAAUUAUUUACUUAAGUUAUUAAAAACAUUGAAGGCCAGUCUUCGUUAUUUUAAAUGCAUCACCAAUAGCAUUGACAAUAACUAGUAUACUGUUCUCUGAGGAGUGAGAUUUUGGGGAUAUUCACACAGAAAACUUAAAUUCCUUCUUAUUGCAUUAUUCAUUUGAAACUAGCACUACUUACUCCUGAAGGAAUGGCAGUUGUAUUUACAAUCUAAUCAAUCAAGACCACUAAUGUAAUGUACAAAAAUGUAAGACUAUCAUUCCAAUCAAUAGGCAGGUCUUACCAUUUCUACUAAGACAAUUUUUUUUUUUUUUAAUUGAGAGACUGAAUAGAUAACAGUGGACAACAAAUGCAAUGAUGUGAAUAAAAAAUGUACACUUGUAAAAUAGAAUACAAAAGAAAUUCUCAUAUGCAUUUAUGAAAGAUAGUCAACCACACCAAAAAUAUUGUAAAUAAAUGUAUAUAUAAUGAUAUUCAGGCUCAAAUUCUCUUCAGUUCUCAAUGAUAUGGGCAAUGGUUUAUGUCAAUAUAGAAAAAAGUGGUGAAUUUGCCAGAAAUGUCAUAUUUUGGCACAGUUAUGCAGUAUUUAUGUACAUGAACCAUAUUAGGCUUAAAAGUUAAAAUUACUUUAUGUAAAGCAGGAAACAGCUGGAGUAGGUGAACAGUCCAAUGCAAUAAAUGCAAUGGGCAGAAUGAAAGAAACCAAUUAUCCUUGUAAUUUACUUACUACAUGUAUGUACUUUCCAGUGCACAAAAUAAUUUCUUAUAAUCCACUACUUACUGCUACCUUAAUGUUCCACUUGUAAGAAAGUGUAUGUGUAUAUAAAGAAGUUAUUACUACUGUACUGUAUUGUUCUGUACAUGUGCAUAUAUGAAUAUUUAUAUGGAUAUAGCUUCAGUUUGUAAAGGUUUUAUAUAUUUUACAGAAGUUGUUAAAUGUAAAACAAGGAACAUUAUAUUCAGAGAUGUAAUGAAUGUACAUGUUGGACAUCUCAUAAGUAAAGUGAAUUUAGGCAUAA